UCAAACAAACUUUUAGACUGCCACAAAGAGCGGUGGAAAUCAGCAACAUGAGUUACGGAAGGGCUAUCUUUACUGCUGCUGCGCUUUUUGCCUCCUUUCUAUUCUGUGAAUGCAUCACAGGCGGAAAAGAAGCGGUCGCCCAUUCGAGACCCUACAUGGCGUCUCUUCAGACAAACGGGAGGCAUGAAUGCGGCGGGUUUUUGGUUGCAGAGCAGUGGGUCAUGACUGCAGCACAUUGUGUUCGCGAAUGGCCAGAGGGAAGUAAAAUAGUUUUAGGGGCACAUUCCCUGACAGGAUCUGAAGACUCAAAACAAGCCUUUACUGUUUCUGAAGUACACAGUCACCCUGAUUUCACCAGUGUUACUUAUGACAGUGACAUUGCUUUGCUCAAGCUGGAUCGACCAGCUGUGUUGACUGACACAGUAAAACUCCUGAAGUUCCAGCGUGAGGGUGGGGUGGAGCCACAGGAAAAGGAGGUGGUCAGAACAGCCGGCUGGGGCUCCUUAAACAACCUUGGUGAAAGGCCUGACAAGCUGCAGGAGCUGGACGUUGAAGUUAUGUCCCGCGUCCUGUGUGGCCGUAGUGAUUACUAUGGCACGAAAUUCACCAGCAAUAUGAUGUGUGCUGCAAAGAGACGCAUGGACACCUGUGAUGGCGACUCUGGUGGUCCACUCCUUUACAAGGGGGUGGCUGUUGGCAUCACCUCAAAUGGUGGGAAGAGGUGCGGUUCAUUCAAAAGACCUGGUCUGUACACAAUCAUCUCUCACUUCACCCAGUGGAUCGACCGCACCAUGAAGUAGUAAAGCAGACCUGUGCAUAACACGGAAAAUCAAUUUCUUUUAUCCUGCAAAGAAUCUAUAUCAUGGUAAUUGAAGCAGGUUAUCUGUACUCUCAUGAAAACCUAUGUAAGGAAAAUACAAAACACAAUAAAAAGCAUUUUUUAUG